CUUCUUUAGUCAUCUGCAUCAUGUAGACAGGUGAACAAUCAGUUCAAGGUCUUGUGUGUAACAUAGUUACUUCUCAGAGUCAACCUCCAAACAACAGACUGAGAAAGAAUAUGUUAAGGUAUUAUUGGUUUAUUUAACUGAAAGAAUAUUAACAGAACUCCCGGGAAAGAUUUAUUAAGACCAAUUGAAAAAGGUUACAAUAAAGUUUACUCAUGAAAUCUACUUGAAGAAUCUUGCUUACUUUCAGUUAUCUGAAGAGGGAAGGCAUUGAGUGUGAGGUGGUACACUUUGGAAGGACAAACUCCAGGGCAGAGUACAAGAUGCUGCCUGAUCUGCUGAGCUUUUCCAUCAUUCUGUCAUUUUGAGACCUAGAUCAGGUCUGCCGUAUCUAUCGUCAGAGCCAAACCUUGUGUCUUAAUUCAUUUUGGUGCUGUCGGUUAAAGGAUAAAUAUUGGCCAGAACUCCAACAUGAAGUCCCUUUUUCCUGGAAUAAUGCCAAGGCAUCCUGCUGGAGUUGACUCCCUCAAUGCUGCAUUGAACUGGCAACCUAUGUUCAGAUCUCAGGAGCAGGUUUUGAACCUCCUUACACACAGAACACUCUGUCCAGGAAAUCAAUACAGAAUUUGACACGAUACAUCAAACCUCCUAAAAUAUUUGUGCUGGUUUCUUUUUCUUACUGGCUUUGUUUUGACUGAAGAUAUGGAUCGCAUGGAGCUAAGGAAAGUGAGCAAUGAGGCUGAUGAUGAGACCAACAGUGAUGACAGUAUAGAUGAAGGCUACACCAAAAUACCAGAACCAGAGAAAGCUCCAAUUGGCAGUCAAUUUGUUGAUGAAGAUGAUGCCGAAAGUCAGAGGUUUUUAACAAGUGGAUUUUUAAGGAAAACAAAAUAUGAAGAAUAUCAGGAAGAAUAUCAUCCUGGGAUGACAUCAUUUGGAAUGUCAGCAUUUAAUCUCAGCAAUGCAAUCAUGGGCAGUGGCAUUCUUGGCCUGUCCUAUGCUAUGGCCAACACUGGAAUCUUACUGUUUGUGAUCCUGUUACUCGGAGUGGCAAUAUUAUCCUUGUAUUCUGUUCACCUCUUACUAAAGACUGCAAAAGAAGGAGGCUCUCUGAUUUAUGAGAAAUUAGGAGAGCGAGCAUUUGGAUGGCCUGGGAAAAUUGCAGCUUUCAGCUCUAUUACAAUGCAAAAUAUUGGAGCCAUGUCAAGUUAUUUGUUCAUUGUGAAAUAUGAACUACCAGAAGUUAUUCGUGCAUUUAUGGGAACUGAAGAGGUCAGUGGACAGUGGUAUACAAAUGGCAAUUACCUUGUUGUAAUUGUGUCGCUGUGCAUCAUCCUGCCUCUGACCUUUUUAAAAAAUUUAGGUUACCUUGGAUACACAAGUGGAUUUUCCCUUUCUUGUAUGGUCUUCUUUGUUGGCGUUGUAAUAUACAAGAAAUCUCAGAUCCCCUGCCCGUUGCCUGCAUUUGGUCACUAUUCUGGAAAUGUGACGUCACUGGCAAACACCACAGGACAUGUUUUAAUAAUGCAUCCAAUGGUACUCAACGAAUCCACUGAUCAUGAUGUAAACCUCAUGAUGCCCUCUAUUAAUGGACACACCGCCAACCACAACGAAGAUGAUUCCUCCAUCGUCCACACUAAUGGUUUCAGUUAUGAUGCUCGUGAUGAAGGUGACAUGUGCAAACCCAAGUACUUCGUAUUCAACUCACAGACAGCCUACACCAUCCCCAUUUUGGCCUUUGCAUUUGUGUGUCACCCUGAAGUACUCCCAAUCUACAGUGAACUUAAAGAUCGAUCGCAGAAGAAAAUGCAGCAUGUCUCCAAUGUGUCGAUUACUGCAAUGCUCAUCAUGUACCUGUUGGCUGCUACAUUUGGCUAUCUGACCUUUUUAGGACAAGUUGAAACAGAAUUGCUUCACACCUACACUAAAGUCUACCAAUUUGACGUUCUGAUUUUGUGUGUUCGUCUGGCUGUGCUGGUAGCUGUCACACUGACUGUGCCCAUUGUGCUUUUCCCGAUUCGAGCAUCGAUCCAGGAACUGAUAUUUCCAAGAAGGUCAUUCAACUGGAUACGACAUAUUGGAAUUGCAGGGAUCCUGUUGGUUUUAAACAACCUUCUAGUGAUAUUCGUUCCAAGCAUUAGAGAUAUUUUUGGCUUCAUUGGGGCAUCUGCAGCUACGAUGCUUAUCUUCAUUCUCCCCUCAGCCUGUUAUAUCAGACUUGUAAAGAAAGAAUCGAUGAGAUCCAUGCAAAAGAUUGGGGCUGCAAUUUUUCUUGUAAUUGGCAUCAUUUUUAUGAUUGGAAGCUUGACCCUGAUUGUCAUUGAUUGGAUUCACAACCCCCCGGGAUCAGGUGGCCAUUAACCUGCUAUUAGGUGUUGCUAAAUGCAGCCAUCAGUUUUGCAUCCUCUGACUAAGCCUGGAUACAGAGACAGUGAGAGUGGAUGCCAUUCCUUAUUUUGUUUCACACAGCAAGAUUCCAGAGACUUGAGCGUACCUCACGUGAAGGCUAGAUGCCAGCUGUAGAUAAAAGGAAGUUUGUCCUUACAAGGGAUUGUGUUAGUUCUGCUUAAAUUAACUUUAGAUUGCAGGGGGGUGGGGGACAGAAACUGAUGUGGGAUAGGUAACGCUUACUGUGAAUGGAUACAGAGCAACACCACAAGUAUAAUGUACACUAAACUGCUUUUUGUAAUUGACAUGGUAAUGUGUGUUGGCUACUAGAAUACAGAAAACCUGUUAUCUCUGACAUUAUGACAGCAUGUAUAUAGUUUUUAAAUAGUAAAGCAUGUAUGCAUUUUUAAAUUUACAGGAUAGGGAGCUGACUGCUGAAUUUGCUUCUGUCUUUUAAAGUACAGGAAGUGUACUUGGCUUGUGUAAUCUACUGAGCCAAUAAGAAGAAUGCCACACUCACUUGCCCCCAGGAAUCCCACCAACUCCUUUUCAGUUAAAAGAUUACACUUGGAAAUAAAGUAUCACUAUAAAUGUUUUCUGUGUCAGUAAUCAAGGUCCAGAUCCUGUAUCCUGUUACUGUUAACCUGACAAGCUCUCCCUCCUUCCCCAGUUCUGCGCCACUGGCUCUGGUUAGGCUAACCAGGUGCACUUAUUCCAAAUGAAAGGAUCAUUAAAAUUGUGGAUGGAAUUCUACAACUCGCGUUACCUAGUUUGGAAAAUAACCUUAUUUCAUUCUGAACUUUAACCUGCUAUGAUAUACAGAGACUGGCAAUGCAUCCUUAAUAUAACCAGAACAUUGGUAUAAUGACGACAAAACUUGUUACUUUUCUAAGCAAAGUCAAAGCUCAGCCUGAAACUUAUCCAUUUCACAUAAUCCAUUUAGGUAGUUAAGCUUCAGCUCCCUUCUGUGGCAAUGGUGCAUUUGUAAAUAUUUAUCUUUUUAUUACUAAAUAAAAUAUCUCUUCUGAAUGGUGCUUUGCAAGUACUUAGUUAAAUGUCACAGAACAAGUGUGGGUUUUAUCGAUAGCAUUGUCUUCCAAACACAUAGGAAGGGCAAAAUGUUCUAGUAAUAAACUACGUUUCGUUAAGCCAGCACUAGGUGUCAAGGGUGUUCUGCUGCAACCAACAAUAAUUUCAGCAAUGUACAUAAAUAACACUUUUUAAUGUGAUGAUAAUAUUUGGGGUUAAAAUGUAUAGUACUUUUUGCUGUUUAGUUAUUUUUAAAAAAGAUUCUAGAGAGAUGAAUAAUUCAAAUUUAUUUUUAAACUAGUCUUUGCUCAGUUUUCCAACAUAGUUGUUUUACUUGUUGAGUUAUAGCCCAUCUUAACUAUGACUAACAUUUCAAUCCAAGUCUUCAGUUAGUUGUACAUAACUCUGGUUUGUGUGUUUAUUGAUCUUGUUUUAACAAUGUUUAAAUUAAUGUAACAAAAUAAAUUCAUACUUUCCUCAUUUGCUGAUAAUAUUCUGAAAUGUUGAUGCCAAACAGAUCUUUGCUUCUUUUGAAACACAGAACUUCGAAAUACUUUUAUUUUCUUCUCACUAUUCAUAUGCCGUGUUUCUGCAUUACUUUACAAGAAACUUUGUAUCAUGAUGUCAGGAUCUGUGAUGUUACAGUGGAGAAGAAAUCCCAGUGGAGUUUAUUUAACUAGUCAAAGUGGAUUUUAUUUAUUAAUAUGUUGUGGAUCCAAGUGUGUGUGAUAAGUAAAUAUUUCCACUGAAGUGGUGUAUCCACGUGUACAUGCUUUGAAUGCUGAAGUGGUGAUUUUACUUGAGUAUUUUAUUUGUUGUAAAUAGGAAUGUCCACAGUGAGUUUGUGUAAGUUUUGGUGAAACCCAACAUUUAACCACUAUGUUGUGAGAGGUUUCUAUUGUACAAACCUUUGGUGGGUUGGUUUUGGAUGAUUUCCAUAUGGCCUUGAUUGGUACCAAGGAUGAAAACUCCACAAGCAGAAAGACUGGAAAGGGAGAAAAAGUAAUAUCUCUAAGGCAAAGAGGUGCCUAUAGACCUCCUUGUCUACAAUACUUGGAUAUAUGUGGAUUUGUCUUACAGCCAAACUGCUUUUCUCAAUAAGCAUAGGUAAGCUUUUAACUCAAAUGGAUUCUUUAACCCUUACUGUGAGAUAUUGGACACCUGAGGGCAGUAUUUAAGUUGUGGUGGUUCUAAGUUAUGUAUCAACUAAGUUAUGAAUGUUCUGUAUUUGCCUUUGAUGAGCCCUGGUAACAUCAGACACUUUGCCAUAAUAUAUAUAUAAUUGCAGUAAGUACCAGAGUAGUGGAAUGUCCAUAACUUCAAGGGCCAGGAGUAUUUUGAUAAACACUUCUAUAAGCCUGAUGAGCAGGUUACUCUGAAGUUCUUUCAAGCAUUUUCUUCAGUUCAGGAUUAGUAAAUUAGCCACAGAAUGACAUGUAGCCUUUUUUAUUGUGAGUAAUGAUUUCACAAGUGUAAUUUUUACUUAAUUCAACAUCUGUCCUUUUCAAUAAAGGUGUACCUUAAUAUCUAUGAUCUCAAAUGCCUUACCAGUGUACCUUCAAAUUAGUUUUGUUUUGUGAUAUGAAUUAUUCACAGUAUUUGUAAAAUGGCACGUGUUUAUGUAUAGGCGGCUGAAACUGCCGUAGCAGGAUUCAAAUUGCAUUUUGUUUACUUACAAAGAUGGUGAAAACCUUUUCUGAUUUGACCAUUUUUGGAACAAUGGGCUCCUUUGUAUCAAACUGUUGUGAGGAAAUGUAUAAUGUUAAAUAAAGUUGUAUAAUGCUAAAUGAA